GGAUACGCGCAUGACCCAACACACAUUACUGUAAUACUGUACACGGCCGCCGAGAUAAUAUCCGUAUAAAAAAGCGAAAUAAUCCCGAGGUAAGGAACCGAGGAGUGAACCAAAACCGACCGAGGUUUGGCUUUUCUGCUCAUUUUCCUUCGCUUCGUUUUCUUUUACUCUAACCAAGUGUUUCGCCGCCGUCGAAAUUACUGCACUAAAUAUAUUUGUGUGCCUCCCUUUAGCUCCAGCCAGCGCAAGGAUUUUUUUUUACUCCUCCUUCGUAAUAAAGUCGCCAUUUUGCUUCACUGCCUAUAAACCAUCCCGUAUUCUAAUAUUUUCCUCAAGGAGUCGAGGACCUACCUAUAUUUUCCUGGCUAUUUCUAAUAUUUCUGGAUUGUUUAACGAGAAGACAGAGAUUGAAGAAGUGCCUCGUGGUGUACAUAUUAAUGCAGGAAAGGAGGGGGGCAAGGCAAUUGGAAACUGGGAAUAAGGUGAAAGUAUCCAGAAUUUAUUUUCAUGUACAGACGAAAUUGUCAUUUCUCUUCUCCUGCCCUGCUCUUUUUUUUCUCCCACCUCGUCGUGGUCCGCAGAGUGGGGGUACAGGACGACAGUGACGACUGUCCACUUCCUUUCAGAUCCCCAACCCCAGUCUGACCGGUCCUUGACGCACAGCAGGUGUGAUUGCCAUGUAACAUAACAUUGGUGGAAAAACGCCCACUUCGGUGUCUGUCUCCUGACCCCCUCCUCCCUCACGUGGGUGACCCGGGGCCACCCGGCCCCUAGUGCUGGGUGACUGCCCGACAGUUCAGGCAUGGAGAGCCCAAGUGGCCCCAGGCUUGGGAAGCUGUCCUCAUCAGGGCUGCCAAGGGGCCGGACCCCCAAGCAUGGACAUCCCCAGGAGCCUGUCAGAACCAGGCCAGGCCCGGAAAACAACAACAAACACAGUCCGGUGUGUGAUGAGCCAGCAGAGGUGAAGAGGAAAGGUCGCCCUAAAGCAGAAGUGCAAGAACUGAGAAGCAUCCCUGCCCAUAUGAUAGUACAAUGGAAGGAAGAGUUUAAGCGCCGCUCCAGGGUUAAGUGUCCAUGUUCAGGCUGCUGGUUAGAGUUUCCCAGCAUCUAUGGCGUCAAGUACCACUAUCAACGCUGCCAGGGGGCCACCGUAGCUGAGAAGCUGAGUCAUGGCUGUCCCUAUUGUGAGGCAGUGUUUGCCACAAAGGUGCGCCUGCAAAAGCACAAGUUGUGGAACCACCCAGACAGGGUUAAUAUGGAGCCCAAGGACGAGCAGCCUAAGCUUCAAAAGACCACUGUCAAGUCCAACACCAAGAAAAGGCCCAUAGAGAACAGUCCCCCCUCUACGAUGUUCUUCAAAGUGAAAAAGACCCAGGAGGUGUCCAUGCCCUCUCAGAACGGGGAGCUGGCCGACGGGAAGAGUGAGAGGAAACAGCACAGCCACACUCAGCCUUCACAGCAGAUUCACCAGUCCCAGCCAGUCCAGCCUCAGUCCCAGGAGUCUCACAGUACGUCGUCUGAUGCGGAGGGCAGUGAAAGUGAAUGGGACAGCCUUCCCCCUUCUUUCCCUGACGAAGACCCAGAGCGAAUGAGGCACAGACGUAAGCAGAAAACACCUAAGAAAUUCACUGGAGAGCAGCCUUCAAUAUCUGGAACAUUUGGAUUGAAGGGUAUGACUAAGGUGGAGGAGAAGCUGAAGGCGGGCCGUGCGAAGAGAUCAGAGGGCACUGGGUUCAGUGAGGAGCCCCAGAGAAGACCGACUUCAAGUCAGUCCUCCAAGAAAGAUCCAGCUACAAGCAGCUCUGGUGCCGACACCCAGUGGCAGCGAGCAAUCCACGAGCGAGGUGAAGUAGUGUGUCCCACCUGUUCUAUCGUCACCAGGAAAACAAUCCACGGCCUCAAGAAACACAUGGAGAUUUGCCAGAAGCUCCAGGAUGCCCUGAAGUGCCAGCAGUGCCACAAACAGUUCAGGUCCAAGGCCGGCCUCAACUACCACACCAUGGCUGAACACAGCACCAAGCCCUCGGGGAGCGAAGGCCAGACGGGCGACAAGCACGAGGAGAGAGAAAGGCUGCGCAGAGUGCUCAAACAGAUGGGACGAAUCAAGUGUCCUAGUGAGCACUGUGGAAAAACCUACCACUCCAAAGCUGGCAGAGACUACCAUGUGCGUACCGAACACUCCUCAACUAUCACCACCACCAUGACAGCCACCACCACCACCACUACCAACAACAACAAGGACAUUAUCACUGACACCAACAACAACACCGGCAAAGAGAGGGUGGUCUCUGAGGAGUCUCCAUCAUUACGCAUAAAAGAGCAAAGCCAGCCUGAGAAGAAGCAUUGGCAGGAGAAAGCACCAUCCGGCCAGCCUAAGGAGAAGGAAAUAGAAGCGAGGGACAAGGACAGGGAAAAGGAAAAGGAGAGGGAGCGAGUCAAAGAAAAAGCAGCACAAACUGUGAGCCAGGGGGAUGACUUUGAAAGGACCCCCAGUGGCAGAGUGAGGCGCCGGUCAGCUCAGGUGGCAGUGUUCCAUCUGCAGGAGAUAGCAGAGGAUGAGCUGGCCAAAGACUGGGGCACCAAGCGCCGCAUCAAGGAUGACCUGGUGCCUGAUAGCAAGAGGUUAAACUACACCCGUCCUGGCCUCCCUAACUUCAGCCAAGAGCUAUUAGAGACCUGGAAGAACCAAGUCAAGGAGAAGGGCUUCAUCUGCUGCACCAAUGAAAACUGUGAAGCUGUCUAUUCCAGUGUAUCAGGACUAAAAGCCCACCUUGCCAACUGCAGUCAGGGUGGUGGAGAACUGGGAAAGUACACUUGUCUCAUCUGUCAGAAGGAGUUUAGCUCAGAGAGCGGUGUGAAGUACCACAUCAGCAAGACACACUCACAGAACUGGUUCCGUGCAGCAGCCAGUGAAGUGGUCUCCAGUACCAAGAGUAAAGCGCCGGAGAACAAUGGGAUCAAAGCUGAGGUGAGGAACGGUGCCACCACUGGUAAGAAGAGGGGCCGCAAGCCCAAAGAGCGGCCCUCGGUGGUUGCGCCUCACCAAACACAAACUGAAGCACCAACCACUACUCAAAACUCAACCCCUGCCGUGACCCCUUCAUAGUCCCCCACCCUGAUCCCCAACCCAACGGACAGUGCUAAUUCAGGCCAAAACAGACAACCCAUCCCCUCCACCGCCAGACGAAGCAAACCCAGGAGGCUGUCAUUGUCAGAGUAGCUCUGCUUUUGUUGACCCAGGAGCCAGGGAGGAUGCUUACUGUAAAUGUUGUGCCAGGAAGCUUAAUGACCUUUCUAACUCCACAAGGACUUGGCACUGAGAAGAAAGCUAAAUCAACCCUUAAGAAGUAAAACGUUUAGUACAGACUUUUUGAAAUCCCAGAGUUAAUGUGUCUACUGUUAUAAAAAUACUCAUGUAACAGUAGUGUUUUAUUUCUCCAUUCCACUUUUGUCUCCUUUUUAAUGCACACAUUUCAGUUUCUGUACUCACAGCAGAGGUGUCAAUAGUAAUCAAAAAUAAAAUCCUGACUUCAACAUAGAUAGCAUUUUCUAAACAGAGGUAGUAUUCCAAACAAAUGCAGAGUAAUUCUCUCUACAAUAUUCAUGUUGUGUUUUAUUCAUGAGGUUUUAAAAAGGAUAUUCUAUUAGCAUAGUGAAGUCAUUUAUUGAUAGCUAGUGUUUUCACAUUUUUUUCCACAGAUAUACUGUACUGUGUACAUAAAUAAUAUCUAUAUCUAUAUAUCUAUAUACUCAAAGCAAUGAUGCCAGCUGUCAUUUUAAAGCCUGACACGUCCAACUGGAUCAUGAGCAGUCAGAAUUUUUUGCAGUGUGUGCUGUAGUGCAAUUAUGUUUUGAACUUGAUUUCUUUUUCUGGUAUAAUUUUCUUGUUUUUUAUUUUUCAGGUUUUAAGUAAGACAUUCUCAUAUAAGCUAAAAUGUUGGUCAGUUGUUAAUCAUAUUCCACUCUGUUUUUCCUACAGCCAUGUGGCUCACUUCAGUGAUAUUUAUUUUUAUUUGAUCUGCUUCACAUGACAGUGAAAGGUAUCUGCUUUGACGACCAUGAAAAAGUGUCAAAAGAUUGUUUCCACAGUUCUUUUACACUGAAGUUAAAAAGCAGAAUACCCAAAAAGUGAUUGUUUGAGAUUUCCAUCUGUAGGGUAUAAGUUAAUACUUAAUAUGGCAUUGUUUAAUUGAUUUUAAACAAAAAACUUGAAGCAUUCUGUCUAAAAUAAGACUGGCAAAGCUAAAUGUUGGACAGAGGGAUGAAUUUUGUGUGAAGCUUGUUGCACCAUUGCAGCACAAUCAAAUGAUGUGACACCAUUUUUAAGGAGGCCGUAUUUUGGCUACUGCUUUAGCUUGAAUCAAAGAGCUGAGGAGAGAAUACAAAUAUCUUUUAUAGAGAGGGUGAGGGAAAUAAUCUUUUAUUAAAUAAAAACAAUUGCAAACGAAGAUUCAAUUAUAAUGAUGUAUAUGAAUUAAUUCCUGGAUGCUCAAAGUUAUUGCCUUGCACUUUACCCCUUAACCCCUCUCGCUUGUCUCUUGUAUUUUUGCACUCCAGGAGUAUUCAACCUAACCUAGUGGCUGUCAGGCACAGAAGUAGGAAUAUUUUACUCUGAUUAAAAAAAAACUAAAUUUGUCUUUACAUGGGUAAUGAGCAGCCUGGUUAACUCUUUCUAGAUAGUAUCUGUAAUCAAACAUGACCAUAUAAUUAUGACUCACCACACAAAGCCAUAACAGGUCUUGUUGAAUUUUAAGGCUGCUCUAUCCCACUUAAAGUUAGUUUAGCUGCAGAUUAAAAAUAAUAAUAAUCCAUUAUUAUUAAAUUACUUUUCAAGUCUGAAAUGUGUGCAAUUUAGAGAAUAUUUUCACUUUAACAUGUUUAAAGUAGAUACUUGAAUUCACAGUUAUAUUAAAGAUUUGAGCAAAUGAAAACUCCAUAAAUAUUUGAUUUAUAUUUGGAGUCUAUGUCCAUAAAAAUAAUGACUUCCUUGCUUAAAAAGAAAACGACAGAUCAUAAAUCUAUUUUAUAUUCUCUUGUGUGUAUUACCCAUAUAGCAAUCUGAUAGCUUUGAAUAAAGUUGUGAUGUGGGGA